AUGGAUGUACGAGAGACUGCAGUGGAGACAGGCAAAGAGCUGGAGCGUUUCUCAAGAGGAUCUCAACAUAAUAUUUCCUUCCAGAGUGAACUGGCUGUGACUGGAGAUUUCAAGGAGUCGGUGGGGGAAUUUCAGGGGAUCUCACUGGAAAAAGUCCAGAAUGAACAGCUCAAAGGAAACUUGGGGAACAGAGAUGGACCACAGAGGCAGGAAAGAAACUGUACGGUGAAGAGGCGGGUUAAGUCCAUUUGUCACCAAGAAGGGGACUUCCAUGGAAUCCCAGGCCACAACCAUCUCCAGUGGACUUAUUCACAAGUGAAGCCAUUUGUCUGCUCCAAGAGUGAAAUGGUUUUCACCAAUGGAAGAAAGAGUGAUGUAUGUUUACAGAAGCACAUCAAAAUGAAGUCAUGUAAAUGUUGUUCCUGUGGAAAGUACUUCAGAUACAGACCACAGCUUAUUGUACAGCAAACAGUACACACGCCACAGAAGCUUUUUGAAUGCUCAGAGUGUAGAAAGAGAUUCAGUCAGAGUGGCCAUCUUCAACAGCAUCAAAGAAUCCACCCAGGGGGAAAAUCUUUUGAAUGCUCAGAGUGUGGAAUGACAUUUAAACGGAGUGACAGUCUUCUAGAACAUCAAAGGACCCACUCAGGGGAGAAACCUUUUGAAUGCUCAGAGUGUGGAAAGAGAUUCAGUGUGAGUUCCAGUCUUCAAAAGCAUCAAAGAACUCACACAGGGGAAAAACCUUUUGAAUGCUCAGAGUGUGGAAAAAGAUUCAGUCAAAAUGUCACUCUUCAAGAGCAUCAAAGAACACACACAGGGGAGAAACCUUUUGAAUGCUCAGAGUGUAGUAAGAGGUUCAGUAGUAGUAGCAAUCUUCAUCAGCAUCAAAGAACGCACACAGGGGAGAAACCUUUUGAAUGCUCAGAGUGUGGGAAGAGAUUUAGACAGCGUGACAGUCUUCAAGAACAUCAAAGGACCCACUCAGGGGAGAAACCUUUUGAAUGUUCUGAGUGUGGAAAGAGAUUCAGUGUGAGUUCCAGUCUUCAAAAGCAUCAAAGAACUCACACAGGGAAAAAACCUUUUGAAUGCUCAGAGUGUGGAAAAAGAUUCAGUCAAAAUGUCACUCUUCAAGAGCAUCAAAGAACACACACAGGGGAGAAACCUUUUGAAUGCUCAGAGUGUAGUAAGAGGUUCAGUAGUAGUAGCAAUCUUCAUCAGCAUCAAAGAACGCACACAGGGGAGAAACCUUUUGAAUGCUCAGAGUGUGGGAAGAGAUUUAGACAGCGUGGCAGUCUUCAAGAACAUCAAAGGAUCCACUCAGGGGAGAAACCUUUUGAAUGUUCUGAGUGUGGAAAGAGAUUCAGUGUGAGUUCCAGUCUUCAAAAGCAUCAAAGAACUCACACAGGGGAAAAACCUUUUGAAUGCUCAGAGUGUGGAAAAAGAUUCAGUCAAAAUGUCACUCUUCAAGAGCAUCAAAGAACACACACAGGGGAGAAACCUUUUGAAUGCUCAGAGUGUAGUAAGAGGUUCAGUAGUAGUAGCAAUCUUCAUCAGCAUCAAAGAACGCACACAGGGGAGAAACCUUUUGAAUGCUCAGAGUGUGUGAAGAGAUUUAGACAGCGUGACAGUCUUCAAGAACAUCAAAGGACCCACUCAGGGGAGAAACCUUUUGAAUGUUCUGAGUGUGGAAUGAGAUUCAAUGUGAGUUCCAGUCUUUAUCAGCAUCAAAGAAACCACAGAGGGGAGAAACCUUUUGAAUGUUCAGAGUGUGGAAAGAGAUUCAGUGUGAGUUCGAGGCUUCAAGAACAUAAAAGAACACACACAGGGGAAAAACCUUUUGAAUGCUCAGAGUGUGGAAAGAGAUUCAGACAGAGUGGCCAUCUUCAUCAGCACCAAAGAACCCACACAGGGGAGAAACCUUUUGAAUGCUCAGAGUGUGGAAAGAGAUUCAGCGUGAGUUCUAGUCUUCAAAAGCAUCAAAGACUCCACAAAGGAGAGAAACCUUUUGAAUGCUCAGAGUGUGGGAAGAGAUUCAGUCAAAAUAUCACUCUUCAAGAGCAUCAAAGAAUACACACAGGGGAGAAACCUUUUUUAUGCUUAGAGUGUGGAAAGAGGUUCAGUAGUAGUAGCAAUCUUCAUCAGCAUCAAAGAACACACACAGGGGACAAACCUUUUGAAUGCUCAGAGUGUGGAAAGAGAUUCAGUCUGAAUAGCAGUCUUCAACAGCAUCAAAGACUCCAUGGAGGAGGGAAACCUUUUGAAUGCUCAGAGUGUGGAAAGAUAUUUAGUCAAAAUGUCACUCUUCAAAAGCAUCAAAGAAUGCACACAGAG